CACCGUCUCCUGCACUUCCACGAUAUGGCUGCGGUAUUCAAACAAUCUGCAAUGGCCACACACAGAGUUAUUCUGACUGUUGUAUUCCCAGUGUUGUUGAGUUUAGGCAUAUGCUAUGCAGCUAGAGACCUCCUCACUCUUGAUGUAGGAGCUGGCUACACUUUGGGGUCAGGCACCGGUUACGGUGCCGGCCAUGGUAUUGGUGGUGGCGGUGGUUCCGGGUAUGGGGGUGGUACUGUUGGUGGAUAUGGUGGUGGAGGCGGCUCUGGCGGCGGUGGCGGUGGCGGACUUGCAGGGGAACAUGGUGCUGGGGGCUAUGGAAGCGGAGGAGGUAGCGGAGGUGGUGCAGGUGGUGGCUAUGGAGCCGUUGGUGCUGGUGGUGGAGGUGGUGGUGGUAGUGGUGGCGGAGGUGGUAUCGGCGGGGGUGGAUCUGGAAGUGGAGGAGGCAGUGGUGGUGGUGCUGGCGGUGGUUCUGGGGGUGCUGGUGGUGGAUAUGGAAAAGGCGGUGGAAGUGGUGGUGGAGGUGGUGGCGCUGCUGGAGGCGAGCAUGAUGGUGGAUAUGGAAGUGGAGGAGGUAGUGGUGGCGGCGCUGGUGGGGGUUCCGGAGGAGCUGGGGGUGGAUAUGGAGGUGGUAGCGGUGGUGGUGCUGGAGGUGACCAUGGUGGCGGAUAUGGAGGUGGUUCCGGUUCAGGAGGUGGUGGAGGAUAUGGUAGCGGAGGAGGUGCAGGCGGUGGAGCUGGUGGAGGCGGAGGUAGCGGCGGCGGAGGUGGGGCAGGAAGUGGAGGCGGUUCAGGAAGUGGAGGUGGGGGCGGCUAUGGUUCCGGAGGAGGGCAUGGUGGAGGCUCCGGUGGCGGAGGUGGGAGCGGUGGUGGCGGCGGAGGGGGUUUCGGAGGUGGAGGCGGCCAAGGAGGCGGUGGCGGAUAUGGAAGUGGGGGAGGAUCAGGCGGCGGUUCUGGAGGUGGCGCAGGAGGUGGUGCAGGUGGUGGCGGCGGCAGUGGCUCAGGUGGAGGAGGUGGACAUGGGCCAGGAGGCGGUGGUGGAUAUGGAGGAGGCAGUGGGAGUGGCGGGGGUGGGGGUCAUGGUGGCUACUUCCCUUAAGAACUGCUCGCUGCUCUCUUGCAUUAAUCAACGAUGGAUAUGUCUUCUAAUAAUCUAUAGUCUUAAGAAUUUAUAUUAUAAUUAUUAUUUUGUGCAAGGCAUGGCGCUUAAUAGUAUUGUUGUCUGAUUAAAUGGCAUAUAAAAUAAACAUAUGAAUGCUCCAAAAGUUUCAUCAAUUGAUAAUUUACGUGCAUUGUUCUCUGUCUUCUGCGUACUUUAAUGAAUUUGGAUUGAUCUCUUUAAGUAA